AUGGGCAACGCCAAGAGCGGAGCGAUGUCUAAGGAGCUUCUGGUGGACCUCAAGCUCAGCACCAAGUUCAGCGAGGCGGAGAUCACGCAGUGGUACGACAACUUCCAGAAGCAGUGCCCGUCGGGCCGCAUCACGCCGGCCGAGUUCGAGUCCAUCUACGCGCGCUUCUUCCCCGAGAGCGACGCCAAGAGCUACGCGCAGCACGUCUUCCGGUCGUUUGACACCAACGCCGACGGCACGCUGGACUUCAGGGAGUACAUAGUGGCCUUGCACAUGACGUCGUCAGGGAGGAUGACGCUGAAACUGGAGUGGGCCUUCUCGCUGUUCGACGUGGACAAGAACGGAUACAUCUCAAAGUCGGAAGUGCAUGAGAUAUGCGCGGCUAUCUUUAAAUUGAUACCCAAAGAGAAAGUUCCAGAACUCCCAGAUGACGAGAACACAGCAGAGAAGAGGGCGGAGAAGCUCUGGGGGUUCUUCCAGAAGGCAGACAAUGACCGUGUGGCAGAGGGGGAGUUCAUCGAUGGCAUAAUGGCCAAUGCUGAUGCCAUGCGUCUUAUUCAGUACGAACCUUCGAAAUAG